ACGAAUUUGAUCAGAUAAAUGGGUGGGAAGGGGUUAAACGCAAUGGGCCAAAUGCAGGCAAGUGGGACUAGUCUAAUAUGCCAAGUUGGUAGGCGUGGGCAAGGUGGGCCGAAGGGCCCGAUUACAGGUUCGACAGCUCUCUGGCGCCAUUCAAUCGUUGAAGGCAAGGAGAGAUUUCAAUGUAGCAGCUAGUAUCAAAGGGGCAGCCUCUGACGAUGCAGCACUCCCGCACUGCUGCACUGGGCUUUCACACUCGGUAGGAAUGAUGCUUGAAGCUUGACUCGAGCGGAUACGCGAACCUUCAGCGUGUUAAGGCACUGCUUCAAAGCGUCGAGCCGUGCAGAUAGAUGCAUGCAUCGGGGAAAGGGAGAGGGCGGCGACCGCAAACAAAAGAUUGAGUUCGUCUGGCGUAAUGUGGAUCCCCAGAGAAUUUUUGAUGGACUGAAUUAAGCAUUUCCAUUUACCACCUGAUCGCGACUGUAUAAAAACCUACAGCUGCUGACCUCACAGCCUGUAGAAUUCAUUCCCAUCGUUCAGUGAAGGAAGGAGCAGAGCAGAGAGCCGCCGAGAGCUGUCCGGCGGUGAAAUAAGAAGCGGGGCUCCGUCCCCCAGCACAGGAGUCGCUGGGAGCUGUCCAAGUGCUGAAAUUAGAGGAGCAGGGACUUCACCUUCAGCACGGGAGUCGCUGGGAACUGUCCAGUGCUGAAAUCUAAGCAAGGACCACGGGCAAAGGAGUCGCUGGGAUCUGGGCAGUGCUGAAAUUUAAGCAGGGUGUCGCUGGGAGCUGUCCGGUGCUGAAACUGAACACCCCCUCCUUCCCUCCAUAAUAAGAAGGCGCUGGGAGCCAUCCAGCACUCAAACUGAACCCGGGACUCUACAACCCAGCGGAAAGAGACGCUGGGAGCACUUCGUGACGGAAACUCAAGCCUGCUCUCUGCUCCACACGGGUCUGUCUGCAGAAGGAAAAAUAUGCCGCGUUCCUUCCUAGUAAAGAAAGUCAAACUGGAUGAUUUCCCAUCCCCUACCACCAGUAUCCCGUCACCGACUUCAGAUUAUGAUAACCCCUACGGCAGAGGCGCCGCGAAUAACGUUGGGAGUCUAACCACUCGGCUGCACGAGAAAGGGUACAUCAGCGAGUAUAUGACACCUUCCGUUUACGACGGAGACCGUGAGAGUGCGAUCAAGCUGUCCUCGCCCGAGCCUAUCUAUGCAACAGUGCCCAGCGAGUAUGGAGUACCGGACUCAGAGGCGCCGGACAGCCCACAGUCCGGUAUAUCCAGCGGUUACAUCAACGGAGACGCGGCGGUGAGCGAGGGUUAUACCGUGGAUGCCUUCUUCAUCACCGACGGCAGGUCUAGGAGGAAAGCGGUCGGCAGCUCCCGCAACACCAUCCAGCGGCACACAUGCAGCGACUGCGGCAAAACAUACGCCACGUCUUCCAACCUGAGCCGCCACAAGCAGACGCACCGCAGCCUGGACAGCAAGAUGGCCAAGAAGUGUCCGACCUGCGCCAAGGUUUACGUGUCCAUGCCGGCCAUGGCCAUGCACCUGCUCACCCACGACCUCAAGCACAAGUGUGAGAUGUGCGGGAAGGCCUUCAGCAGGCCGUGGCUACUGCAAGGUCACAUGCGCUCGCACACGGGCGAGAAGCCUUUCGGCUGCGCUCACUGUGGCAAGGCUUUCGCCGACCGCUCCAACCUCCGCGCCCACAUGCAGACGCACUCGGCCUUCAAACACUUCAAGUGCAAACGUUGCCACAAGACCUUCGCGCUGAAAUCCUACCUGAACAAGCACUACGAGUCCGCCUGUUUUAAAGGCGCCGUGCCAGCACUGAAUGCGGUGGAGGCUUGAUGCAUGACCGCUUCUAACCCCCCUCCCCCCCCGCCCUCCUUUCACCCCCACCUCCCAAUAAAUGCACCCCAUCUCCCCCCCCCCCCCCCCCCCCCCCCCCUACCCCCGAACAGCAGGUCAACACGGAAACGAA